AUGGGUACUCUUCCUACAUGGCUGUCUGCCCUGCUGCUACUGCUAUGGACUGCAGCUGCUCAAUCCCCAGCUAUCGAUGUCGCUGGCAUUGCAGCAGAUCCCACCCCUCAUGGCCCAACCAUGUCAGGAACCCCAGCUGAUUGCAACCGAUGGUUCACUAUCAAAAAGGGUGAUACCUGCUAUGAGUUGGAAAAGGCGUUUGGACUCACUCCACAGCAAUUCCAGCAGUGGAAUCCUGCAGUUUCCCGUGAUUGUCUGGUCAACUUCUGGCCGGGCUACGCAUACUGCGUGGGAGUUGGACCGGUAGCAAUUCCGACAUCUGCAGACACUGCUCCUCAUGCCCCAACCAUGACUGGCAUUGCAGCAAAUUGUAACCGGUGGUACACUGCCCAAAAAGGAGAUUACUGUUAUGCAGUAGAGAAAGCCUUCGGGCUCACUCCGCAGCAGUUUCAGCAGUGGAAUCCCGCUGUCUCGUUGGACUGUCUGGUCAACUUCUGGCCCGGAUAUGCUUAUUGCGUGAGUGUUGGGCCGGCCGCAAAUGGUCCUCAUGGUCCUACUAUGCCAGGGAUUGCCCCAAAUUGCGUUCAGUUUUAUACUGCCAAGAAGGGUGAUACUUGCUACGCAGUCGAGAAGGCUUUUGGCAUCACCCCCCAGCAAUUCCAGCAGUGGAAUCCGGCUGUCUCUCAGGACUGCUUGGUCAAUUUCUGGGCAGAUUAUGCGUACUGCGUGGGCGUUGGGCCGGUUGCCCCGACUUCGACUUCGACUGUGACAGCGACAGCGACUUCGGCUUCGACGACAACGAGUUCAACCACUUUGACUACGUCCACUACUUCGACAAGUGCCCUUACCACCUCCACCACUUCUACUGCUUGGACUACUGGCACGUCGACCACUUCGACAACCGUCCUUCCUACGUCUACUAUCUCAACUACUUGGACUACCGGCACGUCGACCACUUCGACUAGUCUGUCCCCAACGACUGUUUUCACCACAUUCACCACCACGCUCACUUUGACCACAACCUUGACUUCGAAUGGUCAGACUACGGUAAUAGUUACUACUACUGUGACUACGACUGUUAGCCCGUCUACAACUCUUGGUACUUCAACUACAUUGACAACGGCCCUGUCCCCAUCGGGCACGUCUAGUACCACUACUUCGACUUCGAGUAUCCCCACUACUUCUACCUCAAGUGCUUCGACCACCUCACGCCCACCAAUUAGCCCCUUCCCCAGCACAAUGGUCACGACCAACGCGACCUACUCAACCCGCAACCCCAUCACCUCAUACAACCAGACCAUAACUUCCAUUGACACCGCAUGGCCUCCGACCAAGACCCAUCCCGGCCAGCCCAAAGACUGUGACAAAUGGUAUCUAGUUGCGCCAGGAGACACCUGCAGGUCAAUUUACCAGCGCCACGGCAACAGCAUUACCAUGGACGAGUUACUGGAAUGGAACCCCGACCUUAAAGCAGACUGCGACUACCCCAUCGCCGGCUACUGGGUGUGCGUGGGUAUCAAACGCCCUGCUCUAACCAUAAUCUAUCCCACCACCAACGACACAGUCCCCGAUCCCACUCCCUGGACGCCGCGUCCCACUCCAACGGAGACAUCCGUCUACCCACCCACCAAAACCCAACCCGGUCUCGCCCCAAGCUGCUCUGCCUUUUACGAAGCUCAGCCUUCCGACACCUGCGACCAAAUCCUCGCCAGCAACCCCAUGCUGAAAUUCCCUCUUCUGUUGGAAUGGAACCCAGCCCUGAAAGCAGACUGCUCCGGUAUCCUUCCAGGCUACUCCUACUGCAUCGCAGCCUACAACGAUACCAACCGCCCCUCCCCGCCCACCGUCACUAAUCAGCCCUAUCCGCUAAAGCCAGGCACAGCCAAGAACUGCACGGCCUGGUACAAGAAGGAUGAUGGUGAUACGUGCGACUUGAUCGUGGAGAUGUUUGGCACGUUCGAUAAGGCUCAGUUCGUGGCGUGGAAUCCUGAUAUCGGUGUCCAAUGCUAUGGUUUAGAGAACGGCUACUACUACUGCGUCGCCGACCCCAGCACUCCCAAGACCCGAACAAGGCCCGUAAUUACUGCCAUGAGCUUCCCCACGGCCCGUCCGCGUCGUCAACCGGGAGUUACUAAGGACUGUAAUAAAUGGUGGCUUGUGUCGAUUCACGACGACUGCUACGACAUCAUGCACUUCAACGGCAUCACCAUGGCAGAUCUGUAUACCUGGAAUCCGGCUCUCUCGGGGAAGAGAAACUGUCUCGAGGGGUUGGUUCCUGAUACGGAGGUUUGUGUGGGUAUUAUGUCGUCGUCGUCUACUACUGAUACUGCUGCUCCUUCGAGUACUGUUCCUGAUGCUUCUUUCAAGACUGGGUUGGUUACUGUUAUUGGGGGAAGAGAUUAA